UGUGUUUCCGACAUGAUGACUCCUCCGCACGGUCACAGUUAAACCUUCACUUCGCUGCCGUUCAUCCUCCGCCGGUGUAGCGUGAUGCAGCAGAAGUUGUGUUCCAGAGGUUGUAGUUCUUUCCUCUUAGAGAGGAAUGGCCAGGCCUGCGGCGCUGUCACCGACCCCAUCACCUGCUGCGACCUCCCCUUCCGCUGCCCCCGCUGUGGCGAGCUGGAGCGCUUCCACAGCCUGGCCUCACUCCGCGCCCACCUGGAGUACCGCCACUCGUACCGCUCACCGGACGUGGACAACAGCAGCUUCAGCAUCACUGGCCAACUCCCCGACCCACUGACGGCGGCGAUUCCCUGGCACGACAUGAGCCUCCCGACACGCAGGGGGCAGCAGAGCACGGGGCGGCCACCCCACGUACGCUCCCUCAGUGACAGCAGGGACAGCGGGUACCUCCACUCCUACAGCUCAGUGAGGAGGCGGACCCAGAGCGUCGGGGUGGGUACGCAGGCAGAAGAUGAGGAGGCAGAGGAAGAUGAAGAGGACGAAGACUCAGAGGAUGAGGAUGAAGAGGAUGAGGAGGAAGACGAAGAGAGAGAUGGAGGCAGAAAUGAUGAGGAUAUAAAAAUGGAAAAGUCCGAUUCAGGAUACCAUAACUUCCUGUUUCGUCCUCUUGCUCAUCUCGGACAACCGGCAGACCUGGACACGGAUCUGGAUCUGGACCUGGUCGAGCAGAACUACUACUCUGGUCUGGAGACAGCGGCAGCCUCGGUGGCAGUGCGGCGUCGCCUGGCCAGCAUCCUGCGGGCGGCCGACAGCACCAUGCAGCGGCGCCUGGCCAAGGUGAGCACGGAGCUGGCCCAGACAGACACAGAGCUGCUGUGUGAACGCGCUCACUCGCAGCACCUGGCCCAGGAGAGGCAGGAAGUGGCCGAGCGGGAGCGGUCGUUGAGCCGGCAGGUGGACGUCGCCGUCAUGGUGAUCGCCGCGCUGAGGGAGCAGCUCAACGCCUCCGAGAAUGAACUGGAACGACGAGAGAGGGAGGUGAUAACCAUCCAGAAGUUUUUGGAAGCGGUGGCUCGACAGGAGACGAGUGGUAAAGUUCGAAUCCAGCGCUUCAUCGAGGACCUGCUGAGACGCAUUGCUCUGGCCGAGAGGCUGGUGGAGUACUACCAGGUUAACGGCAGUCCGCCACAGUGCAACCACUACAAGCACCACCAGCAGCCAACUGAUAACGGACCUCACAGAAUCACUAAAAGCAGGUCAGCAGGAGGUCAACUGUCCACGUCUUGUUUCCACGACAGCAGGACCCCCCAGUCCUCCCAGUGCAGCGGCUGCCCUCCGUUCUCCUCACCGAGUGGUGAACGAGACCGGGAGCACCUGGAGCGGCUGGCCCAGUCGUCCAGGCUCUUCUGCCGACCCGAACACAGAGACGACAUCUGGAACCACCAGCGCCGCCGGUCCGCCGGGUACGAGGCCUAGAUGUGUAGGCAGACACCAGGGAGGGGGGAGUCAGUGGGUAAAACCUUUUUACACAAUGACUUUAUUUCAGUGUGAUAAUCUGUGGAAAAGUUCAGUAACGUCAAAGUCACAUCAGGAUUCUUUGGAAUAGUUAAGUCUCAAUCAAUCCUUACUGAAGGAACAUGUGCAGAUUAUUAUUAUUAUUAUUAUUAUAUUUGAUAUAUAAUUAUUAUUAUUUUGACAAUCCUCAUUUUCCCAUAUGCUGGCGACUCGUCCUCUCCUCUGGUCGAACCCUCACAUCUCGGCCUGGUUCUCCCUAAAACUCCCCAUCAGUCCAGCUAUCUUCUUUCUGUCUGUGCUUAUUAAGGUCAAACUGCUGCAGUUAUCCUGAUUUGUUGAUUGAACUAUCUGGAACUUCAUCCCCAAACAGAACUUUCUUGAGACUCUGAAUGAAGAUUAGGUUCAUUUAAACUUGGAGCGUUGCCCUGUGAUGAUAGAGGAAACCGUGGAUUUCCUGUGGUACUUCUGUUAUCAUCAUCCGACGAAUGAGGCAGGAAAUCAUUAAGUCAGUGAUGGGAACAUGGACCAUUUCUAAAAAAUGGACGGAGACUCCAAGUCUAGAAAGUGGAGCCAACGAAGUCCCCGCAUCCUUUAUUCUGUGUGAUGACUGCUGUCCAAUGAGUGCAGGUGAAGGUGGGCCUGCAGUGUCCUCCAGCUCGAAGUCAGGCUCCACCCCCUGCUCCUCCAGUAAUGGUUACCUGUGGUUUCACAAACCAUCGAGUGACGUCACCUCGCUGCUCUGAUUUGCUUUGUUAGGCACAGAUAUGACUUGAUGACAUCAGAUCUGGGUCGAGCUUAUUUUUCACGUGAUUCUUGGCUUUCGCUCGAGUGCGUGAGCUUCACUACAUGAGGACCAACAUGGAAACUUUCUGAUAACUGUACAUAACGUUAGAUACAUGUUGACAAUUAUUUAUUGUGAUUUAUAUGCUUCCUUACAGUUGGUCCUUCUAUACACAGCUAACCCGCCCGCCAGUCUGUUCCCAGAGCAGGAUGUUAAACCAGAGAUAUGGUGGAGGCUAAAAUCAGAUAUGCACAAGUAUAAGCCGCCUGUUUAUAAGGAACAGUGCAACAUUUCUGGGAAGGAAAGCUUGCGUCCCGCCCUAGAUCAGCGUCAGAUGAGAAGAUAGAAAUCAGUUUCAUCUCUGCGUCCAGUGCACAGAGAGAUUCAGGCCCUGUUAGCCUAGCUUAGCACAAAGACUGGAUGGAGAGGGAAUCUGCUAGCCUUAGUCGAUGACUGCAAAGUAACUGAAAAGCUUUCUCAUCGAGCCACUAACUAAUUCAGACAUUUUACCAAUUUUAAAGAAUAAGGCUGCUGAUGUUCAGUAUUUUUAUUCUUCUCAACAAAUCUCAGAAAAAACACAAACAGACAGACAAACAAACAAAAUGAAUGUCGAGCCUAAAAGAUUAAAUUCCUCUGAGCCACAUGUUCCUUCAUUACCAUGAUCACGAUACGAUCAAUGAAGAAUAAAUCAGACUUAUCUAUAAUCAAAGCUUAAACCAGUCUUUGUGCUAAAGCUUUGGAGAACUGGAAAAUAACCUGUUUGGUUUUAUCCUCCAUUACAUGAUUUUCUGAUAACAGAAGCCACGUUCAUGCAGCUCGGCCAAGUUCUGCAGGACACCACACACGCAGUAUAACGAAUGUACCGAGUUAAUAUUGUAGCUCAUUCCGAAAGAGACGCUCCGUUCUAAGACCUGACUCUCGUCCUGUCGCUCCUUCAGGCUUAAACUUGCGCCCUCGUCGGCACAGAAACGGGUGGAGAUUCUCCGAUCACAAACCGAAUGACGUAUCAAACACUUUCAUCCAAAGUGACUUAUCAGUGCCGUGAAUACUUUCAGGUAAUCUGCAGUAAACUAAACGAGUCGUGGCGGCUUCUUUAAUACCAUCAUUCCUCUGUUUACGCGCCAUGUUUUUGCACUCAUCCAAUCAUAAGAAUGUAAAUGUAAAGAUGGUAUUUGGUGUAAAAUGUACCUUUAGUUUUCGUUGACAGUGUUAAUAGAUAUUUUAUAUUCAAAGCUAUUAUGUGUCGUUAAGUGGAAGUAGUCGUCCUUUAACUUGGCAGAACAUUAACCUGAGUCACAACGCAUUUUUAUUUUUUUGAGCAGGGUGUCUGCAAGGUGCUGUGAACGUUUUCAAAUUAGUGUUCAACUUAAACAUGUAUCAUCAGUGGAUAGUUAACUUCAAUAAGGUGAUAAAAAGUGUUUAUUGGAUCUUGCGGACACCUUCCAGAGGCCAAGGCGAAGUCCACACUGACAAGUCUUUAUUUUUUAAAUCAAAGUUAUCUCUGUUCACGUGAACGUUUGAGCUUCGUGCCAGAAAAGAUUAAUCAGGAAGUAGAUGGUUUCCUCUGCAGUUGGUUGCUUAGUUACAGAAGAUAGGAGGUAGGAGGAACAGCGAUUUCUUUUCCUGGACGACGACGGGUGGAACUGUUACUAACAGUCGCUGUUCCUCAUUCGUGUUAUUUUCUAAAACUAAGCAACCAUCUGCAGAGUAAACAAUCUACUUCCUGUUUACAACAUAUGACCAGUGUAGGUGAAUGGUCAUGUGACAUUUGUUUUCCGGUUUGUAAGUGUGGACAGAGAUAAUUUCUGGAUUGGUUCUCAUUUAAAAACGCUGUUUAAAUCCUGUCAGUGUGAACGCAGCCUGACCAGUGGUUGUGCCAAUCCUACUUUGCUUAUUUUAAUAUUUAUUAAAAACUAAUAUAUAUAUUAUAUAUAUUAAAACUUUUUAAUUGUAUUUAUUGGAUGUUGCUAAUAUUAUUAAACCAGAUAAUGUUCUGUACUUUUGUUUUUCAUCACUUUAACCAAGUUGGACUGAAUUUGAUAAUUUGUUGUCACCUGAUGCUACUUGUUAAAUGGAAAACCGUAGAUAUAGAAUAUAAAGCGGUAGUUUUCAGUUGAAAGGCUUCGUGGGGGUGAACAAGGAUUCGUUAAGGUUUCCCUUAAUCUGCUUCUCAACACGAGAGAACCUGAUCUGAUAGAUUUGGAUAAAUUAUCAAUGAGGAUGUAAGAGAUUUGUGUCAGUUAACUAGAAUUUAGCAGUGAUGAUGUGAUGGUUGCUGCUGCUGUGGAGUAAAAACCCUGCUGCUCUUGGAAGAACCUGAAAGAACCAAUAACACAGAGACUCUGUCUUUGCUUUAGAUUUGAAUGAACUGAUGACUUCAUGUUAACUCAACAUGUGUCAGACGUAAUAAUAAUAAAAACUUUUAUUCUUUUUAUAAUCUGUGAAAAACACACCGACCAGCCGUCCUUGGCCGAGGUGAUCACUGAGUUGAAGGGUUUUUAUACAAACAGCAGCUUCACUCUUGACAUGUGUCUGGUAAACUGAUUUCUGUUGUUGAGUUCCUGGUGCUCAGUCUUUGGAAGUUGGUAGAAGAUGCAUGACGCAGCUCAACAACUACUACAUAUGUAGCUAUUGUGUUACUGUGAAAGCAUGCUCCAUAUGUAGCAAAGAGUACUUAUAAAAUACUGUUAUCUUGUACUAUGUGUACUUUUGUAGCAGAGCGAGGUCUAUUUUAAAGGUGUUUGAAGGAGAGUUGCACUAAACCAACCGAGGGCACUUGGAGCAUGGAGCUGUUGGGUUUGACACGACGGUGGAGUUGUGUUCUGGACAAUCAGCACGGUUCAUGCACAGGUGUGGAAAAGAAUGGAAAAUACACUUUAUUGCUUCUGUGGAAAACGUGCAGGAUCUUUGAAAGGAAGAAGAAACAGACGAGGGUGAAAACGAAAAUCGAAAGCAAGUUAGUUUCGGAUAUUUCCUCCCUCGCGCCGGUGGAGAUGAAGGGAUUUUUAUGUUGUGUGAAAAUGUUUCCCGGCCGAGUUUAAACCUCCUUGAGUUCGUCAUGGUUGUCCGUAGGGAUUUCGUUUGCAGAAGUAAUCUCUAGUUUUGUGCCUUCACUCCAAACCUCCGUUGUCUGUAUAACACUGUGCAAAAUGCAAUACUGUGAAGAGCUGGAUAACGUUUUCUGUUCUGUGUGGAAACCAUGGAAAAUUAAAGAAAUAACAUGACACCAACAA